AUGUCGCAGUGACGCCGGUUGACUUCGGAUAAAUUAUUUAUUAUUGAAAUUAUUCACGUUAAUUAUUAAAAAAUGAAAAGUUUAUUUGAAGAGUGGAAUUUGAUUGAUGUUUUCGAGAAAUUGGACGAUUGAAACAACAAAGACUGUCAAAACGUCCAAUCAACGUCUCUCUUCUGGUGCUCAAGGUCAAGUUUUACCAGACGAAUUAGUAGUAAUUGCCAGCUCUACAUUGAAUGGAAAUGAGGAUGAUAUUAACGCAGAAAAUUGUGAGGCAUUGGAGAAUUUUCUGGAGAGUCAUGCCUUGGUAAAUCAGGAUCUUGAAGUUGACGUUGAGGAGGAGAUAGAACAACAACUAACGGAAAGUUGUAGCAGAUCAGAUAAAAUCGCAGAUUAUUCUGGAGAUUCUCUCCCAGGGCAUUCCUCCAAGCGUAAAAAGACCACUUCAACAAAAGUUGAUCAUGACGAUUUGAAGAAAAUAGUGAGAAAUCAUCCUUACGGUGAUGCUGUGUACAGGAUUUAUAAAUACAAGCAGGAGUUAUCAACUACUUGCCAGGCAGUCUUAUGUGAAGUAAUCACCCUGCAUUAUAUCAAGGACAAUUUAAAAAAUCCAGAGUUUGAGGCAUUAGCAAACAAAAUUGUGGCACUGUUUCCCAAAGAGAUUGUGCAAACCUACUAUGUACCACCAACACGCAAAGCAGUAAGUAGAACCUCAAAAUCCGUUGCUUCCAAAGGAAAAUUGGUGGAUAAAUAUCACAAUCGGUUAGCAAUCAUUCGACUGGCGAACAACCUUGAGAAACAAUUCUUGCAACGAGGUGUUGAAGCUACUGACAUUCCUUCAGAUUGCGAUGGAGACGCCCGCCAGAUGAGCAAAGCUCUACUGGUGCACUGUAGAGAUAAAACAUUGGUGACACAGCACUGGGGAGCGACCUAUUCUCUUCGUCAAGAAGAUAUUGGGAAUAAAAAAUACAAAACCAUUGACGAUGUACUCACCCAAUGGCCUAUUCUAACUGGGUCUACCAGUUAUGACCUGAUUGAGAGCGACUUUGACUGCAAAUUUCGUCGCGAGAAUGUUUCGAAAUUCUACAUUCAGUUGUUCAUAUUCAACUGGGCAAAUGGGUAAUAGUUACAGAACCUCGGUUACAGCAACUGAAUCCUUCUAUCAGUGGCACUCGAUGAUAAAGCCCAACUUUCACCACCCCGCCCAUAAAUCCCUCACCCCAUUGAUAAUCCCAUAUCCUUUCCCAUAUACAAGGUGUCCCAAAAUGAAAGGUCGUCCUUGUAAAAGUAGCUUGGGGGGCUCAUUUGGAUACGAAAAGUCUAAUGACAUUUUUCUGUCCGACAGGCAAAAACGGUUCUGACACCACGUUGAAAUUCAUUGCGGGUUUUCUCAGCCGGGUAUGAUCAUAGGAGAACAUUUUUUUCAGCUCAUUGUGCGUUAAGUGCCCAAUCAAUUGGCAUCAUUUUUAUUCCUCCAGCCUAAGUAAGAGAGGAGAUAUGAAUUUCCAAAGAAAGGGUGUUUUGCGUUGAAUUUUCGCUUUGUUCGCGAAUAACUCGUCAACAAAGCGUGGGAGAGAAAAAUGUCAUUAGACUUUUCGUCUCCAAAUGAGCUCCCCGAACUACCCUUACAAAGACGACCUUUCAUUUUGGGACACCCUGUAUUAUCCACCCAUGUAUAGCAUGACCCUCUAGAAUCGAUUGGAAUCAAGUCUGAUAAUAGACUUAAAUCAAGUCGAAAAAUCCACUCGAAUCGAGAUCAAAAUAGACGUAGAUCAAGCGAGGAGCUACUUACUCCAUAAUUAAGUGACACCAUGAUUUUGAAAUGAAGUCGAUUUCGAGUGAUUUCAGUGAUUUCGGAAAAAAUGAUUUCGGGCAUUUCGAGCCUCACGGAAGGUGAUGUCAUGAUUUCGAAUGAUUUCAUUAAUUCUAAAUUAGUGAUUUCAGGAAAAUAAAGUUAAUAAAUAAUAGAGGUGGGG